CUGUCGCCGAUUUCUCCCGAAAAUGGCUGAAGCCAUGGCAGGUAACCAGGACAUUUUCAUGUGUCCUAUUUGUUUAGAUCUUCUUAAAGAUCCGGUUGCUCUUAAUUGCGGACACAAUUACUGUUUGGGCUGUAUUGAGGACUGCUGGAAUGAGGAAGACGUGAAGGGAGUUUACAGCUGUCCCCAGUGCAGAAAGACUUUCACUCAAAGACCCGUUUUAAGCAAGAAUGUUAUUAUUGCUGAGCUCGUGGAUCAAAUGAGGAAGAGCAGAAUACAAACUGCAGCUCCUGUUGAAUGUGCUGCUGGACCUGGAGAUGUGGCCUGCGACGUCUGCACCAGUAGAAAACUCAAAGCUGUCAAGUCCUGUCUGGAGUGUCUGAAGUCGUAUUGUGCCACUCACCUAAAAGCUCACAACAGUGACCUAGAAGGGAACCACAACAUUACCGAUGCCACGGGCCAGCUACAGGAGAGGAUCUGUCCCAGUCAUAAGAAGGUUUUUGAAAUAUUCUGUCGCACUGAUCAGAGUUGCAUCUGCUACCUGUGUAUGGUCGAUAAUCAUAAAGGCCACGACUCAGUCACAGCUGAGGCAGAGUUGAGUCAUAAAAAGGAGGAGUUGGAGCAGAGCCAGAGGAGAUGCCAUCAGAUAAUCCAGUUGAAGGAGAAGGAGCUGCAGGAGCUGAGGAAGGCUGUGGAGACUCUCAAGUCUGGUGCACAGACAGCAGUGGAGGAGAGUGAGAGGAUGUUUACUGAGAUGAUCCGCUCCAUUGAGAGAAGAUGCUCUGAGGUGACAAAGCUGAUCAGAGCUCAGGAGAAGGCUGAGGUGAGUCGUGCUGAAGGACUCCUGAAGCGACUGGAGCAGGAGAUUGCUGAGCUGAAGAGGACAGAUGCUGAGAUGAAGCAACUUUCACUGACUCAGGAUCCCAUCCAUUUCCUCCAGCUGUGAAGUAUAUUCAGAUCAUCGAGAGCACACAGAGUGAGUUUCAAGUCACACACAUACGC